AUGACAUCGGGUUAUUCUGUACUCCAAUUGAAAGAGGAUGAUGUACUUAAGAUACUUGCAGCUCAACUUCAUAUUGGAUCCAAAGAUGUUGAUUAUCAAAUGGCUACAUACGUUUGGAAAAAAAAACCAAAAAAUGAAGGUUCAUCAGUUAUCAAUAUCCGUAAAUUCUGGGAGAAACUUGUCUUAGCUGCUCGUGCAAUUGUCGCUGUUGAAAAUUCGGCUGAUGUUUGUGCCAUAUCAUGUCAACCACAAGGCCAACGUGCCGUAUUGAAAUAUGCGAAAUACACGGGUGCUACAGCUAUCGCUGGUCGUUUUACACCCGGUUCAUUUACAAAUCAAAUUCAAGCAGCUUUCAAAGAGCCUCGUCUGAUUAUUCUUACGAAUCCAAUUGUUGAUCAUCAAGCUGUUACUGAAGCAUCAUUUGUUAACAUCCCAGUUAUCGCUUUUUGUGAUCCGUCAACAAAUCUUCGUCAUAUUGAUAUCGCUAUUCCAUGCAAUAACAAGGCUAGUAAAUCAAUUGGUCUUAUGUGGUGGUUUUUAACACGUGAAGUACUUCGAUUACGUGGUGAAAUUAAUCGACAAGCACCAUGGGAUGUUAUGGUCGAUUUAUUCUUCUAUCGUGAUCCUGAAGAGACUGAAAAAGAAGAUCAAACUGGCCCAAGUGCUCAAGAUCGUGACACAAAACAACAUGCAGCCGAUUAUAACUAUUAUGACGAUGGCCCAUCGAUGAUGCCUGCCGCCGAAAAUUUCGCAGGUAAUCAAGACAACUGGGGUGCAUCAGCAAAUGAUAAUUGGGGUGUUACUGGCGCUGCAACAGGCACUGCUGAAACAAACGAGUGGACACAGGCAGCAGCUGCUCCAGUCACCACCGGUGUUACAAGCGGCUGGUGA